AUGGGACGCUCGCCUUGCUGUGAAAAAGCUCAUACAAACAAAGGCGCUUGGACUAAAGAAGAAGACCAAAGACUCAUCAAUUACAUCCGUUUACAUGGUGAAGGCUGCUGGCGUUCCCUCCCAAAAGCCGCAGGGCUGCUGAGGUGUGGUAAAAGUUGCAGAUUGAGGUGGAUAAAUUACCUAAGGCCUGAUCUCAAGAGAGGGAAUUUUACUGAAGAAGAAGAUGAUAUCAUAAUCAAACUUCAUAGUCUGCUUGGAAACAAAUGGUCUUUGAUAGCUGGAAGAUUGCCCGGUAGGACUGAUAAUGAGAUCAAGAAUUACUGGAAUACCCACAUUAAACGCAAGCUUCUUAGCCGUGGCAUUGACCCUCAAACUCACUGUCCUCUCAACGGCAACGCCACCACUGACACCACCAAGGAUCCGGCAACUUCCGCCCCGAAUACCACGGCGAAUAUGUCUUUGGACUUCAGUAACUCAGCACCAUCAUCAGAAAAAUCCACUUUCCUGAUCAAUGAGUCCGGUAACAAGUGCAUGCCUCCAACGGACUCUUCUAACGACACCAAAUGCAGCAGCGGCACCACCUCGGAGGCUCCGCCACCGCCGGAGGAAAACAUUAGACAUGCUAAUGCAAUUGACCUUGAACUAUCCAUAGGACUUCCUUCUCAAUCAAAGUAUAGAAAGACAGCUUCUUUCAACUCAUCUGCAGAGUCAAAGCUUUUCUUUGAUUUCUUGCAACCGGCGGCGACACCAUCUCCGAUGGCGCCGCUGGUGGCACGGCCAAUGAUGUCUUCUUGUUGUCAGUUAGGAUUUCAGAAGGGUCAGUUGUGUAGUAAUUGCGAAGGUAGAAUUGGUCUAUACAGAUAUUGCUGA